UUAAUCCAGAACAACUACCUGAGACAAGGCCAAAGCGGAAAAAACAGAUAGCAGGAAUAGAUCAAGAUGAAUUACAAGAUCCAGCUCUUCUAGCAGAUCCUGAUAGUUGCUUUUGCGAGUUUAAAGGAGUACAGAUACACCACAAGAUAUAUGAUUCAGAAUCACUUGCUACAAACUUGUCAGAAGAAGGGGAUAGUUCUCGAUCUCCUAAUGCCAAUAAAAGAGUGAACAUUCCCAUGAUAUUGUUACAUGGAUUUGGUGCCUCUAUUUAUUCAUGGAAUCGAGUUAUGAAGCCAUUGGCACAGGUCACAGGAUCAAAAGUUUUGGCCUUUGACAGACCAGCCUUUGGGUUGACUUCAAGGCUGAAUCAUGUCAACGAUUCAUCUCAGGGAAGUGAAGACACCAGACCCUUUAAUCCUUACUCUAUGGUAUUUUCCGUGCUGGCCGCUCUAUACUUCAUUGACUUCUUAGCAACUGAGAAGGCAAUUCUAGUGGGACACUCAGCUGGUUCCCUUGUAGCAGUUGAAGCAUAUUUUGAAGCACCUGAGCGGGUUGCUGCCGUUAUACUUGUUGCGCCAGCAAUUCUAGCACCCCUGAAUUCAUGCCCUGUAGCUAAGGACAAUCCAAGUGGAAAAAGUAACCAGACUGAAGGCGAUGACUUGGAAGUGAACUCUAAAGGGAAUUGGUUUACCACGGUUGUCAGCAUUUUGUCAAAGUUAUCCCAAUAUCUUGGACAAGCAAUAAUGCAAUUGGUGAAAGGGAUGGGAGACAUGAUAAAUUCUUUAUAUAAGAAAACUUUAUCUGCGUUCUUGCGUUCUACCAUUGGUAUUAUGUUGGUAUGUACUCUAUUUUGGAUCUUCCAAUCUAUUUGUUGAACCUAAAUUUUAUUUCUCAAAAUUGACAUCUUGAAGCUUUGUGAAAGCAAAAUUAGGUCUAUAUACUUCAUUUUUUCAAUUUCGAAAAAGGUUUUUAAAUGAGAAAUCCUCCCUGCCAUUUUGAAGGAAGAUGGCAGUCAAACAAGAAGGGGAUGCUAAUUCAGUUUUCACUAAUAAUACUAACAAAGAACAGAAUAAUAAA